AUGCAUUCCGAGCAAGUCUACUCCCCAGAUACACUUCCCUUCCGAUCACUCACCUUUUCUUCGAAUGACGACACCAUACCCAUCGGUCGAGCGUCUAAGUCGGAAGCGAAAAACCUCGUCCCGGAUCACGAUAAUGGCUGGUUUAGUUCUCGUGUGAUGUCUCGAAGCCAUGCUGUCUUAAGUGUUCGUAUGGAAAAACAGGCCGUCUAUAUUCGCGACCACGGCUCCUUACAUGGGACGCAGUUGAAUGACAAUAAAAUAAAACCAAAGGAGAACGUCAACGUCAAGAGCGGAGACGUCUUAACCUUUGGUAGUGAAAUUUCACGCGGUACUGAGACCUUUCGACCUAUUGCUGUCCGUCUCGAUUGCCAGUGGCAUGAAUCGAAGCCAGUCGCCAAAGACACGGCAAAGGCAACAACGAAUACAUUCUCGGUCCCCGAGGAUGAAGAUGAAUUGAUCGAGGUUGUCGACUCCAAGGAGGUUCAUGAUCAGCCGAAGACUCCACAAAAUGUAUCUGACUCAUCCGACCUCGACUAUGGAAGUGAUAUGAGUCGGCCUCUGGAUUUAACUUCUCCCGUUACCUCGCCCGAAGUCAAGACCUCCGAAUUACCCAAGUCGAAUCCUGCUGACUCGAGGCAAAUUGAUGCUUCUCAACAUGAUUCAGCCUUGGAAGGCCGUGAUACGAAGUUUAUUUCACCCGAAUCUCUUGGUAACGAAGAUAAUGAAGACGGAAGCCAGUUUGACUCCGAAGACGAUGAUGCCAAUAGUGAAUCAGACGACUCUGCAGGUGACCAAGCAAGGGGAAAUCAUGAAGAUGAUUUAGAGUCCAACCAAAGCGAAAACGAUCAUUCCGAGAGCAAUGACCUAGAUGAGCAAAAUCCCACGCCCGGAUUGUACAAUUACAAACGUUUCCGCGUUAUGGGAUUUCCUACACCACCUAAAAGAGACGACGCUCCUAAACCUGGCUCAUCGCAGGAGUUUCUGUUGCCUGAGCAAAGCACGUCUGCUGCUCAGCCAGAUCUGACUGCUGAUAUUCGUGGGCCAACUUCUAACCCACCCGUCACAAGCUCGGCAAACUACACUGUUCCGUGGCCAGAAUAUCUCAUCCCACGUAUUCCGAGCCCAUCAGACAAGGCAAUGGCAAAACCUAUGAGCACUCCUGCUCCUAGCUAUCAGCCUUACAGUGACUAUUCAUCUAACUUUGAGAUCUGGACAGGCAAUCAGGGCCCUUCUCAUGCUUCCUACGCUGAUCCCGUCCAUAUGGCCAAUCCUUAUGGUUCCAUAACCGCCAAUGAAUCUUUUCCCUUUGGUCCACACCGUUCAUCGGGAUACUUGCGCCAUUUGGCAGGCGAUUUCCUAGGAGAACAGGCACCACCUGUUAGCAACGAAAAGCCAUUUGAGCUUCCCAACUUACGUUCGAACAAGGAGAAUGCUGCAACCGUUAAGGAGGUUGAGAAGCCUGCAGAACCGUCAAAGUCUCGUGUAUCGAUUGCAGAUAUUGUUGAGAAAUCAUUUGCGAAUACUGUCGUCUCUAAUGGACUGAAGCGGAAAGCAGAUGAUUUUGAGAUGGAUAUGGCUGGUGACUCUAAUGAGACCAAUGGCGAUAGCCCGGAUAGCAUUCCAGACGCACAGCCACGGCCGGACAUGCAGAGCAUUCAAGUCUCUCAGCCGCAAAUUCUCGAUGCAGAUUCUACUCGUGGAGUCCAGCCUAACCGCGCGCUGGAGCACCGCCCCAAGCGGAUCAAAACAAAGGAAGUUCACAGCUUCAUGAAGUAUGCGACAGUUGCUGCUAUCGGUGCUGUUGUUGGAAGUAUUGGCACUAUUGCCGGUCUAGCUUCUCUUCCGGCAGAUUUCUUCAACUGA